UUCACUGCGGCACUUUUCACAAGAAGCAAAAGAUGAACACAGCCAAUAUGUCCAUCAGCAGGUGAAUGGAUACACAAACUUUGGUACGUACACACAACUCCACAGGGUUUUCAAGGCUCUGACCUUUCAGAAGGAGAUCACCGGGAAUGUCUUCUGAGAAGUCUCUGGGUGGGUUUGAACCCCCAAACUAGUAGAUGAGCAAUUAACUGUUGGUGCAAGCCAGGGACUUCCAAUGGAAUAUUACACACACUCCCAAAAAUGAAGUCUUGAUGCAUACGACAACAUGGAUGAAGCCUGAAAACACCAAGCUGAGAAAAGUCAGUCAGUCAGAAAAGGAGAGAUGCAUUCUGAUCUCACUUAUAGGGCAGAAGCAAAUAUACACAAAACAAAGCUUAUUAGUGGUUACCAGGGGUGACAGGGAGGGGGAAGGAAGAGUUUUUGAUUAGGAUCAUUGAGUUUAUGUGAAAGGUAGUGGAAUGAUUUGGAACAUAAACCGUGAAAUGCUUGCACAGCUUGAAUAUAAGCAAUGUAACAAAUGCACAUGUAGAAAUUGUUGAAAUGGCGUGUUUUAUUAUGUAUAUUUGCAACACAAUAAAAAAAAUAACAUGAAGAUCAAUAAAAAGGAAAGAAAAGCUCUGUGGAAUUCUCGCUCUACACACACACACACACACACACACACACACAUUUUUCUUCUAAAAAAAAUGAGUAAAGAAUCCCUGAGAGCAAAAAGCACAGUCAAUUACCCCCCGUUUUUAUUGGUCCAUUUCUUGUGGUGACCUCAUAAGGAGCCAAUUCUUUGGAACUCCAAGCCCCUAUAUAAGUCCCUGGAAACCUAGGUUUGUGGUCUUUCUGGCUCAGGAAGCUCCUUCAGUGACCUGAGACAUCGUGACCAAACUUGGCUUGUUUUCUCUUUAAAUUGUGGUUUUUCUAUUUCCUCGCCAGCUAUUCUUAUUUUCUCUUUGUUUUUCCUCAUUUGCAUUCAUUCGUUUUUCAUUUUAUUCUUCCUUUACAUCCUCAAUUUUUCUUUUUUUCUAUGUACUUGUUAAUUUUUUUAUCAUCUUACUAUUAUUGUUUUAUUUUGUAUUUUUUCUUAUCCUCAUGUUAUUUAUUCCUUUUUUGAAUCUUUCUCAUUGAUUUCUUGUUUUGUUUAUAUAUACAAUUUAUCUUAUUUUUAUCAGUUUUUAAAAUUUUACUUCCUCUUUUCUCAUUUUACCUUUUUGAUUAUAUUUUAACUUUUUCUCAUUUUUUCCAUAUUUCAUUAAGUUUUUAGUCACCACUUUUUAGGGUUUUGGGUUUUUAAGUUUUUAAUCCUACCACCAGGGCACCUCUUAUCCCAAAGCCCGCUACGCCUUCGCACCAUAGCCAACAUGCUGCAGAGCCACUUAGCCUUCUCUGCUGUGGAGGAAACUCAUGUGGGACGCUACCACCUCCUCAGAACCAUCGGCAAGGGGGCAUCUGCCAAGGUCAAGCUGGCCCAGCACAUCAUCACCGGCCAAGAGGUAGCCAUUAAAAUAAUUGACAAGAUCCAGCACACGUCCUCCGACCUCCACAGACUAUACAGAGAGAUAGAAAUUAUGAAGGAUCUCCAUCAUCCAAAUAUUGUAAAGCUGUUUGAAGUCAUAGAGAAUGAGCACGCCCUCUAUAUAGUCAUGGAGUAUGCAAGUGGAAGGGACCUCUUUUACCACCUAGUGAAUCAUGGCUUCAUGAGCGAAAAAGAGGCCCAAACGAAAUUCCAACAAAUAGUGUCAGCGGUGAAGUACUGCCACGACAAGAGUAUUGUUCAUAGGGAUCUGAAAACAGAAAACCUACUAUUGGACAAGCGAAUGAACAUCAAACUUGCAGACUUUGGUUUAGGAACUGAAUUCACCCCAGGGAGCAAGCUGGAUACCUUCUGUGGCACUCCCCCUUAUUCUGCCCCAGAACUCCUUCAGGGAGAAAAGUAUGACGGACCCCCAGUGGAUGUGUGGAGCCUGGGAGUCAUCCUAUACUUCAUGGUAACUGGAUCUCUGCCUUUUCGUGGGAAGACCUUGACGAAGCUGCGAGAGCAGGUGCUGCAGGGACAAUAUCACGUUCCCUUCCACAUGUCUAGCCAGUGUCAACACCUGCUCAGUAAAAUUUUCAUUCGUGACCCAAGAAAGAGAGCCACGUUAGAGGACAUCCUGGCACAUCCAUGGAUGAAGGUGAGCCAUGAAGAAAAACAAAAGCUCUAUGUGCAGCCACUCCCAGACUACGAUAACCACUGGCACACUGAGGUGACAGUGAACACGGGUUACGUGCAGGAAGACAUUCAUGACUCACUGUUGAACCACAAUUACAAUGAUGCGAACGCCACCUAUCUGAUCCUGCGUCACGACACAUAUGAGAUUGACAGCCACACCAGCACCCUGGAACCCCAGGCUGAAGCCCAUUGCACCGAUAGCCACACUCCUUCCUCAUCCCAUGAAGUGCCUCCUACCGUCUGUCCUAAACCCAAACAGCGUAGUUACACCGAGCCCACCAUUCCCACCUUUGGUUACUACAUCCGCGAUGCUUUGAACACUCUCUCUGAGGGAGGGAUGGGGACCUCCAUGGUGUCUACUUCUCCAUCAUUCUCCCUGGCCCUGGCCCACCUGCGGCAGCAAUCUACCACAGCCUGGGCACAGCCCAACCAGGACUCUGACCUGUAUGCCAAGGGGAGAAACAGUGAGGUGCCACAGCCCAUCACACCACCCCAGUGUGUUUCUGUGCCUUCCUCCUCAGCCUACACCAUCAACGAGAGUGCCGGGGCCCCGGAGAAAACCAGUUUUACCCAGGGAAUGUCAAAACUAAGCUCCGUAAAUGAGGAGCAGGUGCAUGAGUUACCUGACCAGCCGAGUUUGCCCCAGACUGUGAGUCUAGCCUCUUCCUCUGAGGAGCAGGUGCAUGAGUUACCUGACCAGCCGAGUUUGCCCCAGACUGUGAGUCCAGCCUCUUCCUCUGUCAGCAGCCAGGGCUGGAAGCGGGCCACUGGGAGGUUCUUUAAGCUCAUGAGAAGAUGCCUUUGUUUUACAUAUGACAAAAAGGACCACAAAGCAUCGGACAGCAAAGCUGCACAAAUGAUCAAACCUCAACAGGCCAAACCACGCUCUCUCAAAUUUACCUGGAGGAUGAAGAUCACCAGUUCCUUGGAGCCCGACGAGAUGCUGCAGGAGAUCUGUCAAGUGUUGGAUGCCAAUGGCUGUGACUGGGAUCUCACACACAAAUACACACUGCUGUGUAUGAAUGGCACACCAGGACAACAGGACUUCACUCAGUGGAGGAUGGAGGUGUGCACCCUGCCUCGGAGGACUCUCAAUGGGGUAAAAGUGAAGAGAAUUUCAGGGACCUCUGAGGCCUUCAAUAACAUUGUCUCAAAAAUCACCAGUGACCUUGCACUUUAAAAUGGGGGCAGCAGCUGCCUGAGAGAAAACAGGAGUUCCAAGGUUUA